GGGAUAGCCGUGGAGUGAAAAUCCCAUGGUCCGAAGCUGAAUCGAUUCCCAGAGAGAAACCAGAAAGAAGAUAGAGAGAAGAGAGAGGAGAGAGAGAGACAGAGAUAGAGAGAUGGGAGAGGAAGAUGGGCCAGGGCUAUUCCAUCACAAGAAACAAACACUAAUCGAUGAAAUCUCCGGUAAGAUCAUCAACGGCGAUCUCCUCACCAAGAUUCACGCCGCAAGGGAGAUUCGGAGCAUGAUUCGAAACAGAAAUUCCUCCGACAAGAUUCGUACUAAGCUCGCUGCUGCCGGCGUUAUUCAGCCUCUCGUUCUCAUGCUCUACUCCAGAAACCACGAUGCACGCGAAGUUUCCUUACUUGCACUCCUCAAUCUCGCCUCCAGAAACGAACGAAACAAAGAACAAAUAGUGACAUGUGGUGCUAUCCCUCCUCUUGUGGAACUUCUCAAAUUCCAAAACACCAACACCUUACGCGAACUAGCCACUGCUUCAAUUCUAACACUAUCAACAGCCUCACCAAACAAAAAGACCAUAAUAGACUCUGGAGUUAUCCCACUACUCAUCCAAAUCCUCAGCUGUGGAACCGUUCAAGGCCGAGUCGACUCAGUCACCGCCCUCCACAACCUCUUAACCUCGCAACAACCACCAUUAAUCCCCGAUGCUAAAGCCAUCCCCCCUCUCAUCAACCUCUUAAAAGAAUGCAAAAAAUCCUCCAAAUUCGCUGAAAAAACCACAUCUUUAAUCCAAAUCAUCUCACAAUCUGAAGAAGGGAAAUCCGCGAUUACAAACACUCAAGAUGGGAUUUUAACAUUAGUGGAAACGAUUGAAGAUGGAUCUUUAGUAAGCACAGAACAUGCGGUUACUACUUUGCUUACAAUGUGUGUAAGCUGUAGAAGUAAAUACAGGGAACUUAUAUUGAAUGAAGGUGCGAUUCCUGGGUUGUUGAGGUUAACUGUUUAUGGAAGUGAAGAAGCACAAGAGAAAGCUAGGACACUUUUGGAUUUACUUAGAGAGUCUUCUUCAGAAAAGAGAUUGAGUUCAUCUGUUGUUGAGAAGAUUGUUCAUGAUAUUGCAUCAAGGGUUGAUGGAUCGGAUAAAACUGUAGAAACUGCUAAAAGUUUGUUGCAAGAUAUGGUUCAAAGAAGUAUGGAAGUUGGUAUGAGUGAGAUCCAAAUAAGGGCUUCUUCUUCUUCUUCAUCAAGUUAAUAGCAUUGAAAUUACCGUUUGAAGAAGUAUUUGAGGUAUUCUUUAGGCUGUGGUUGUUACUUGUUAUGCAAGACAUAACAAGUUGUACUGUGUUUAGACUUUGGACUGAUGUCAAUGGGACAAAAAUUGCUGCAAUUGUUGUUCCACCUAAAAAGGUGGGACAGACUUUUUAUCGAUCUCUUGUCUGUGCAAAAGACAUGAAUGAAAAAUUUGACUGGUCUAGUUGUGUCAUGUGUCGUUUCACAUAGAGUGUUGAAAAAAUGUGAGGUGAUUUUAACUAAUUUUAGAGGGGAUUGUAAAUCUUUCAUAAAGAGGUUUGGAGGAAAACCAUGUU